CUUGUCGGACGGAUCGCUGAGGGGGCCUCGACUGGCCUCGUCGUGUGGGCUGGGCGGCCGACUUGCCCGGCGUGUGAGUGCUCGCCAGUCUUGAAGUGUCCGCCGCUGACCUGCACGACCGGUGACGUUGCCCACAUCUCGCCAGUGACGCCGCUCACGGUUGCGGUCAUCUGCGCCUGCAUCGCCCUGCUUGCCUUCUUCGCGGGCCGGCUGACGCGCUUGGGAGCUAAGACCGUGCGGUACGCCGACGACCUGGACGCCACUGCUCGGGCCCAGGUAGCUCAGUACAAGGCCAAGGUGGGCGACUUCUGUGUUGUGCGCUACAACGUUCCAGGUGGGGCCCUGUACCACGAGCGGCUGGUCCACUACCUGCCGCUGGGUGCCGGACUGACCGUGUCCAUCACCACGCCCGACGGCGACGAGUACGAGGAGGUGUGGGGCCUACCCGACAUCAUCGAGUGGGAGCCGCUGCCGAAUCGGCAGCCGGGUGGCGUGCUGAUGGGUCGGCCGGGAGCGCGAUACUAUCGGUUCAGAGCUGGUGCGAUGCCGACUGCUGCGAGCCUCACGGCGUCCGCUGUGGCUGCUGCUGGACGCCUGGGCCAGCCUGCGCCGGGCGGGCCCUUGGUGCCGGCCCUCGGCGGGCGCCUCGUCGGGCCGCCGGCGGGGGGGGCCGCGCCCGGCGCGCUCGAAGCCGGGGGCGCCGCUGCCCCGCUUGGCGGAGCACCGGGCGCGCCGGCGGCGGCCGCUGCAGCUGCGCCGGGCGGAGUGGCCCCGGCGGCGGGGCUCGGCGGCCUGGUGGCGGCGCUCGGUGGCCCAGCGGCAGGCGCGCCCGCGGGUGCUGUGGGCGCUGGUGGCCACGUCCAGGACGCGAGGGUGCUCCUUGUGGUGUACGACGCCAUGGGCAACCGUCGGCGGGAGUUCCGCGAGGCGGUGCUGGCCUGCCGGGAGGACCAGUGGGCGGGGUGGCCCGUGCGCGGACCUCGCACCGCGCUCUGGGUCCUGCGGUACAUCAUCGAGCACGGCGGGACGCCGACCGGGAUGCACUCUCGGUGGCGCAGUGAGGCCCGCCUCCAGGAGCACGAGCCCGGGGUGCAGGAGCAUGAGCGCUCGUGCCGGGCGCUGGAGGAGCUCAUCUGCUACGACCAGUGUAAUGGUGCGAAUCUGGCGGCCGUGGAGCUGCUGGUGCGGAACAUCCAGGUGCAGCAGGAGAGGUACCGCGACAGGAGCGCUGGCGGCUCAGGAGGCGGCGGCCCAGAUAGCGUCGACACGCACCUGUACAUGGGCAGCGAGCUGACAGAGGAGCAGGCGCUGCUCAAGGAGCGGCGCAAGGCCCGGGAGGAGAGGGAGCUUGCCAAGAAAGGGAACAACAAGAAGAACAAGAAGGUUUUUGACAUGCUGUGGCAGAGUGCCCGCCAGCGCGACAUUUUUCCGCUGCCCCCGCUGUGCCGAGAUCACGUCGGCGCGGCGGGCCGCCAGGACCUGUCCCGGGUCACCAGGCGGCGUGGGGAGGCUGCCAAGCACAUCCUCGAUUGGGGCGACGACUGCAUCGACGCCCUGAACGACUUGUACGGCCACCAGGAUCGGCCGGCGGUCCCCGCCAACGCUGGUCAGCGACACGCAGUGGAGCAUGUCGAGUCGCGAGUGCGCGCGCUGGGCAAGCCCCCACCAGAGGCAGGCUUCCGCGAGGGAGCCCUCCGUGAGCUCCUCGCGGGGACGGGGAUCUACCAGACGGGUGAUCUCUCCUCCCGACGGCCGUAUGUCAAGGAGUCCAUUUCCUGGCCCUCGCCCGACGUGCAGCCCGUCCCGCUGUGCGCUUGCCUGGGUGAGGCCGAGUCUGAGUGGCUGGGCCGCUGGCAAAGCACCUUGCUCAGGCCAGAUCAACCUACAUCCGCA